UUAUCUUCCAUGAAAAUAGGCGGGGUUUGAGUUUUGGAAAAUUCAGGGAAUAGCGUAACAGUAAGUCUUGUGGGAGAAUUUUGCUAAAUGAAUUUCUAUUUUAGAGAUGGAAAUCGUCUUUCAAGUGUGAUGCUGGAAAGCCCGAGGGGGAUGUUAAGAGUGGUUUAAGGUGUGUAACCCUUGCCUUCAUUCUGCACUGAGAAGACUUUGUAGCCACACACGGAUGAUCUGUUGUCCUCUGUCCGCUAGAGGAAAGCAGAAACUUUUGAAGGCACUGCGUCUGAUACUGCUGAUCGUGUGCGAGUGAACGGUGGGAUGAAACUCGUCCUUUUUUAUUCAUUUCCCGCAUGCUUACGGAGUCGUAUGUGGACGCAUUCUUUCUAGGAAGCCAAAGGCAGCUCCAACUAAUAAUGCGGCGAGAUUGAUCUUCUUCAGGAGACAAUAACCAUUUUAGUGACUGCUUUCCAUUCCAGCAUACUCCUCAUCCUUGGAUAUCUGUAGACGAAGGAUCUUUUGUUCUGCUGUUUCUUGCUGUAAAAGGACUUGUAUCAUUUACACCGAUAUGACGUCUCCAGCUAAAUUCCGAAAGGACAAGGAGAUUAUUGCCGAAUAUGAAACGCACGUUAAAGAGAUUCGAGCUCAGCUGGUGGAGCAGCUCAAGUGUUUGGACCAGCAAUGUGAGCUCCGGGUGCAGCUCUUGCAGGACCUGCAGGACUUCUUCCGCAAGAAGGCCGAAAUCGAGAUGGACUACUCGCGCAACCUCGAGAAGCUGGCUGAGAGGUUCCUGGCCAAGACACGCUACACAAAAGACCCUCAAUACAAGAAAGAGCAGAAUAUCUUGUCUCCGGUCAACUGCUGGAACCUUCUGUUAGCUCAGGUGAAGAGAGAGAGUCGAGACCACGCCACUCUGAGCGAUCUCUACCUCAAUAACAUCAUACCCCGCUUUGCCCAGAUCAGCGAGGACUCGGGGCGCCUCUUCAAGAAGAGUAAAGAGGUGGGCCUCCAGCUACAAGAGGAUAUGAUGAAGGUCCUUAAUGAGCUGUACACAGUGAUGAAGACCUAUCACAUGUAUAACAUGGACAGCAUCAACGCUGAGAGCAAGCUGAAGGAGGCAGAGAAACAGGAAGAGAAGCAAAUGAGCCGCAGCGUCCGACACGAGGACAGACAGACUCCGCGCUCGCCUGACUCCCUCACCAACAUCAAGAUCGAGGAGAAACACGUGCGCCGCAGCUCCGUCAAGAAGAUCGAGAAGAUGAAGGAGAAGCGUCAAGCGAAGUAUACCGAGAACAAGCUGAAAGCCAUCAAGGCCAGGAAUGAGUACGUUCUGGCUCUGGAGGCCACCAACAGCUGCGUCUUCAAAUACUACAUCCACGAUUUGUCAGACCUCAUAGAUUGCUGUGACCUGGGAUACCAUGCCAGCUUAAACCGUGCACUGCGUACCUACCUCUCAGCCGAGUUUAACGUGGAGACUUCCAAACACUGCGGUCUCGAGACCAUUGAAAAUGCUGCGGAGAACCUGGAGGCCAACGCUGACAAACAGAAGCUCAUGGAGACCUACAACAACGUCUUCUGCCCUCCAAUGCGCUUCGAUUUCCAGUCUCACAUGGGAGAUAUGGAGGGACACAUGUGUGCCCAGCAGCCCGUGCAGGUAGAGCUGAUCCAGAGAUGCCAGCAGCUUCAGUCCAGAUUGUCCACACUCACGAUAGAGAACGAAGAGGUGAAGAAGACAAUGGAGGCCACUCUCCAAACCAUCCAGGACAUGGUGACCAUUGAGGACUUUGAUGUGACCGACUGCUUCCACCACAGCAACUCCAUGGAGUCGGUCAAGUCCACCGUGUCGGAAUCUUUCAUGAGCAAACCCAGCAUCGCCAAGAGACGGGCCAACCAGCAGGAGACCGAACAGUUCUACUUCACGAAACUGAAGGAGUUUCUCGAGGGCAGGAACCUCAUCACCAAGCUACAGGCUAAACAUGAUCUGAUUCAGAAGACUCUGGGAGAAAGUCAGAAGACCGACUACUGCCUUGCCAGCGGUCGCAGGGACUCUACUGUGCGGAAACAGGAGCCCAGCCAAAUCAUUCCCCUCAUGGUGGAGAGCUGUAUACGCUUCAUCAGUCGACAUGGUCUCCAUCACGAGGGUAUAUUCAGGGUGUCUGGCUCCCAGGUGGAAGUCAAUGACAUAAAGAACGCCUUUGAGAGAGGAGAGGAUCCGCUGGCUGGGGAUCAGAACGACCACGAAAUGGACUCUAUCGCUGGAGUUUUAAAGCUCUAUUUCAGAGGCCUGGAGAACGCCCUCUUUCCAAAGGAAGUCUUCCAUGAUCUCAUGUCCUGUGUCUCCAUGGAGAACCUCCAGGACAGAGCUGUCCACAUCCGUAAAGUCCUGCUGUCACUACCCAGCAGCACCCUGGUCAUCAUGAGAUACUUGUUUGCUUUCCUCAAGCAUCUGUCGCAGUACAGUGACGACAACAUGAUGGACCCCUACAACCUGGCCAUCUGCUUCGGCCCCACACUCAUGUCUGUACCCGAGGGCCACGAUCAGGUCUCCUGCCAGGCACAUGUGAACGAGCUCAUCAAAACCAUCAUUAUCCAUCAUGAUAGUAUCUUCCCUGGGCCUCGUGAGCUGGAGGGGCCCGUUUAUGACCGCGGAGGAGUCACUGAAGAAUACUGUGAUAGUCCACACAUUGAGCCCCCUCUAGUGGAUGAGCCUGCACCUGACACACCCUCUGAAAUACGCAACAGUGAUGAUGUAAAGUCAAGGACCUUAAACAUUUCAGAGUCCGACCCCAUCGAGGCCAUCGCACGUUUCGACUACUCUGGACGCACCAACCUUGAGCUGUCCUUUAAGAAGGGGGCGUCUCUGCUGCUGUACCACAGAGCCUCUGAUGACUGGUGGGAGGGUCGCCACAACGGCACGGAUGGACUGGUGGCGCACCAGUACAUAGUGGUGCAGGACACGCCGGAUGGGUUUGCAGGCAGAGGAAGUCCCAAAGCUGACCUGGAGUCAUCCCAUGAUGCCAUGGAAGAAAAGGUGUCCACCAGGACCAGCGCCAGUUCGCCCACUGUAGGCCAUGUAGCUGAUAUCUACCUGGCCAACCUCAACAAGCUGAGGAAACGUCCAGAAGCAACCAGCGUCCGUAGAACCUUCCGGACAGUGGAGGGGCUGGGAGAGGGCUCUUCUGGAGCAGCUGGGGGUUUAAAGACCACCCCCAUGUCUGCAGGAGGACUGUCCAAGGAGGGAACAGACAAGCGACCGGUCAGCGCUCACAGCGUCCUGAACUCCAUCACCCGACACGCCUCUCUGAAGACUAAAGUGGAAGGGCCUCAGCUCCGGAAAACUGCACCUGCAGGAAGAUCCAAGAGUUUUAGCAACCACAGACCAACCAUGGACCCGGAGAUUAUCGCUCAGGUGGAGCAUAGCUCACAGGACAUUGAGGACACUAUGACCACGGCGAUAAGUGAGCUGCGAGAGCUGGAAAGGCAGAGCAGCGUCAAACACGCUCCUGACAUCGUGCUGGACACUCUGGAGCAGCUGAAGAGCGGUGGUGCGUCUGAGCCGUCUAGCCCGCUCCACUCUCGCCUGCUCCGUGAGUCCGACUCCUCCCAGCAUCCCCUACAUCGCAGCGCCAGCUCGGUCAGCGACAUGCCCUCCACCUUUCGGCCCAGCAGGAGCAGCGGAUCCAAGAGCCCUCUGUCGUCCAUGUCAGCCACGGGUCUCUCUGCUUCUGGAUCCACCUUUAGAGAGAGCAAGCCUCCAGCCACCAGACCCAAACCUGUGGUCUUCCCGAAGAGCGGAUCUGCAGGGGGCAGUCCAGCGAUGGGCUCCCCGACCACCACCAUACCCCCGACCCCUCCGCCCCCUCCACCACCCACUGACAAAUCCUGCCCCGUCUGAAGGGUUUACAACCUCCCCGUCUAUGUCUAUUAAUUCCAAGAACAAAACGAAAUGAUUUCGACUUUUUCUGGAUCUUAAUGGACAUCUGCAUACGGACUGCUUGCGCGAGUGAACGACACAGAGUGUGUAUGUGUGUGUGGAACUGAUAUACACAUGUGGAAAUAUUGGAGUGAUUUUACAGCACUGUUUUAGUUCGGAUUUGAACAAGGACGUCACCAAUAACGUCUCUAAUCCCGAUUUAGUGAUUUGGGGUUUUCCCCGUAUGUGUAGACUGAUUUUAUUCAAACUGUAAGUAUGAGUGAGCCGUGGAUAUUAUUUCUUUCCAUAAAAAUACCGUAAGAACUCUUUUUUCCCCUCAGAAUCGUGGCUGGUCUGUUGAGGCCUGCACAAAAAAAAAAACAGGAAUUUCCAGCUACAUCUCAGCAUAACCAGAAAUGUUCAAACCUUUGUCUUUACUCUGUUUAACAACCAUCAUGUUGUUCAACCUGUCACACAAUACUUACAGUUCAUUGCUCACAGUAAUGCACUACAAUUCAUUGGCAUCGAGCAUCUGGUAUGAAACGCAGGGUCUUCAUGUACAUUAGUUGCUAAGUAACGUAUAUUUGCUGUAGCCUGUCUUUCUUUUUACAAGGCGGCAAACUAACACAAUAAUGUAACAGAACAUCUUUGCAUGAGACCAGUUAGCCAGAACCUACAAACCAGCCUCGACUUUGACAGAAUAUUUGCAUGGCAACAAACUAAUGCCUUCCCUGGCAAACCGAUUCAUUUCCCUAUCAAUCAACAGCACUUCUGAAAUUUUUCUGAAAAGCCUAACAUGUGUACGUAUUGUAUUAUUAUAUCAGUGGUCACAUAAGUGCUAAAAUGCAGUGUUGUUUUGUAUACGUUAACUAAUCAUGAUUAUAACUGGAAAAAAAUAUCUAAAAUGAGGAAUGUCCUGUUACACACACAAGCACAACACUGUUUCUUCAUUGCUCACAUAUAAAGAAUAAAAAAGUGAAAAAACAAUUUUAAUACAUUUUUCUUAGGUCAUUACUUGGUCCCGCUCUGUAUCAUGGUAACUUUGUAUCAGUAUGUACUGUAUGUAUAUGUAUGUAUAUUAUGAAUCUUAGCAAAAAAAAGGGAAAAUUUACGCACCUCAGAGGAUUUAAGCAGACAAAAAGGGGAAAACAUGCGAGAGAGAAAAGCUACAUCGCUUUUUGCAUUCUUAUAUACCCCGAUAGUUGACAUAAGGUUGCCACUUUCUUGUUCUUGUUGUAGCUGAGGAAAAAACGAUAAUUUAGCCUCUUUAUGGUCUGACAAUCUAAAUACUUCAUUAACGUCUGUCCAACAUCCAUCCAAGAGCUAAAUUCCUCCUCACAUGGUCUGCGUGUUUAUGCCUUCAACAGAACGGAUCUCCCUCAGUGAGGCCUUACUAUUUACAGUAGUAUGAGAUCUGAGAAAAUGCGCUGAGCUGGUUUGUGAAAACAUCCAACUUCAGUAGUCUGCUUCAAUUUGAAGCGUUUCUUCACUCUACAAGCCCUGGUAUGUACUGUUUUACAUGCAUGGCUGACUGUGACAUCCCAGAAAAUACCUACGGAAAGAUUGAGCUGUAAAUCACUAAGGCAUUUUUGUUUUUUAACGAACGUCUUGAGGACGAGCCUUCUCCUAAUGUAUUAUUUUCGGAACUGUUUAAUGUGUUGUCAUGUUGCGUUCGGGAAAAAAGUCUUAACCGGUGGUUACAUUUGUUCAUGUGUUAAAUGAUUGAAAGUAUUCUGUGUAUAUUGUUACCGAUACCUCAUAAAGGCAACUGGAACUGUUUUAUUGGAGGUCUUUUGUGGCUGGGACUUUUACAUGCAAAGUCCCUUUUUUAAUUAAAAAAAAAACAGAAUGCUGUUGGCUGACGCCUCUGUUUACAUGCAUAUUUUUUUCUUUAAUUUGGUAAAUUGAAAUCAAUCAUUAUACACUUGAAUUGUGUGUUUGUGAACAAAUUGAGGGUGAUUUCCUUUCUGUUUUGUAAUCAUAACUAUUGUUCAAACGUAAUUCCUGUCCAGUUUAAGCAAGACUGUAAAAUGAAUUGUCUUCUUAAAUAUAUUUAUAGUUGUCGAUUCAUAUAUCUGUUGCCAGGGUCACCUGUGUUCAGAUGUACUUUGUAUAUACAAUAGUGUACAUUACAGAGGUACAUUCAUUUUCUUUUUCUUUUUUUCUUACUUUGUUUGUGGGGUUUUGUUUGGUACAGUAUUGUACAGUUACAGCAAUAGUAGUUGCCACUCAAAUACACAUUAGCCUAUAUAAUUCCACGUGUAGUUCUUGUAGUAAACCUUUUUAAAUAAAAAUUGCUUGAAUAUG